UUAAAGAGAAUGGGAGAAAGUCAGAGAAGGGGAACAGGAUGAGGGUAAGAAGCAGUAAAGUGAAGGAUGUCCAGAAGGACGACAGCAAGGUGGAGGAGAAGAUGGAGGUCAACGAAGAAGGGAAGGAAGACUUGAAGGAGGAGGUGAAGGAAGAGAUGAAAGGGGAAUACUCAGAGGACGGUGGGUGGAGCGGCGUGCCGCGGUGCAGCCUAGAGACGCCUCGUCGUAGUGACUGGGUACGAAAACACCGCAACUUCACUGACACGUUUUUACGGCUGCACCCUUCUCAGGGGACGCCCGAAAGGUCAUCGAGGUCAUCGUCAGGGGUCACGGCGGGGUCAGGGGGAGGGGGCGGAGUCUAUCGCCUGACCCCGGACUCCGUCCUCCGUUGGUUCUACCCGGCGGUCCAGCGUUGCCUAGCAACCGUACGCUACCCUUUCGAGCAGCGGUGUACGCUGAGUCUGACGCUCGCCGACGACCGUGUGCAGCUACGCCUCACACCUCGCUCCGACUACGUCUGCUGUCACAUCUCCAUGGCAAUACGGCUCCUCCCCGCCAUCCCCCUCGGAGACGGGGUCUACCUGGUUCCCAUGGAAACGACGGCCUCAGUGGCGAUGACUAAUACAGACCAGCACCAGGACCCACAGAGCCAGGAGAAGGACCUGUGGACUAUUUUCUUCCCCCGCCAGGAGCAGCGUCUGCUGGGCUGGCUCCGUGGCCGCUCCCCCCAGCCCUCCUGCCACCUCAAGGUGCUCCAGCUGACCAAGGCCCUGCGUGACCUGGGUGGCCAGGCCCUGGACAGUAACCGGGGGGCGCUCUGGAGGUCAGUCCUCUCCUCAUACACGCUGAAGACAGCCUGGCUGCGUCUGCUACUCAGCUCUCCUGCAGAGGCCUGGGAGGAGCGCCAUCUGGUGGCCAGAAUGGAGGAGCUGGUCCGCAGCCUGAGGGAGAGCCUCCAGAACCGGGCUCUGGAUCACCUCUUCCUGGGGAGCGACAGCGGCUCCAUCCUGCCUGACUCUGUGGCUCUACCUAAGUUGGUCAAGGAGGCGGUGGGAGCUCCAGUGGGGGGUCCAGUGGAGGGUUCGGGGGGACGUUUGGGGGGUUCGGCAGGGAACCUCUGGGCAGGUGUGGACCCGGCUUCAUUGGACCUAGUGUCGGGCCGGUUGGCGUAUGCCUGGACCCAUCUCCACCGGCUGAUCAGGCUUGGCCGACCCCAGAGGAGUAGCUUGGGGCUGGGCAGGGCAGGCAACUUCAGGGCCAGACAGUGUAACGGCAGGGUAACCUCCCAGUUCAGGGCCAGACAGUGUAACGGCAGGGUAACCUCCCAGUUCAGGGCCAGACAGUGUAACGGCAGGGUAACCUCCCAGUUCAGGGCCAGACAGUGUAACGGCAGGGUAACCUCCCAGUUCAGGGCCAGACAGUGUAACGGCAGGGUAACCUCCCAGUUCAGGGCCAGACAGUGUAACGGCAGGGUAACCUCCCAGUUCAGGGCCAGACAGUGUAACGGCAGGGUAACCUCCCAGUUCAGGGCCAGACAGUGUAACGGCAGGGUAACCUCCCAGUUCAGGGCCAGACAGUGUAACGGCAGGGUAACCUCCCAGUUCAGGGCCAGACAGUGUAACGGCAGGGUAACCUCCCAGUUCAGGGCCAGACAGUGUAACGGCAGGGUAACCUCCCAGUUCAGGGCCAGACAGUGUAACGGCAGGGUAACCUCCCAGUUCAGGGCCAGACAGUGUAACGGCAGGGUAACCUCCCAGUUCAGGGCCAGACAGUGUAACGGCAGGGUAACCUCCCAGUUCAGGGCCAGACAGUGUAACGGCAGGGUAACCUCCCAGUUCAGGGCCAGACAGUGUAACGGCAGGGUAACCUCCCAGUUCAGGGCCAGACAGUGUAACGGCAGGAAAAAGACCUGA